AUGAGACUGUCCAGCUGACAUGGCAGCUUCAGCAUCUCUGAAGACCAAAGGGGGUCUAGUCCUGCAGGGGACAUCGUAGACCUUGGACAGCUGGACAGCUUGCCAUCUGUGCUUCCGCUAGCCAGGCCAGAUCUCAGGCUGUUCACCAUGGGUGGCUGCUUCUCCAAGCCCAAGCCAGUGGAGCUCAAGAUUGAAGUGGUACUGCCUGAGAAAGAGAGGGGCAAGGAGGAGCUGUCGGCCAGUGGGAAGGGCAGCCCCCGGGCUUACCAGGGCAACGGCACAGCACGCCACUUCCAUGCUGAAGAGCGCCUGCCCACCCCACAGCCCUACCCCAGCCCUCAGGACUGCGUGGAAGCUACUGUUUGCCACGUCAAGGACCUCGAGAAUGGCCAGAUGCGGGAAGUGGAGCUGGGCUGGGGAAAGGUGUUGCUGGUGAAGGAUAAUGGGGAAUUCCAUGCCCUGGGCCAUAAAUGUCCUCACUAUGGAGCACCCCUGGUGAAAGGUGUACUGUCCCGAGGCCGCGUGCGCUGUCCAUGGCAUGGUGCCUGCUUCAACAUCAGUACUGGGGACCUAGAGGACUUCCCAGGCCUGGACAGUCUGCAUAAGUUUCAGGUGAAGAUUGAGAAAGAGAAAGUGACUGUCCGGGCAAGCAAGCAGGUACCAGGGUGGCUCACUAAGGCCCAGGCCCUGCAGCUGCAGCGGAGGACAAAGGUGAUGGCCAAGUGCAUAUCUCCAAGUGCUGGCCACAGCAGUAGCACCAAUGUGCUCAUAGUGGGUGCAGGUGCUGCUGGCUUGGUAUGUGCUGAGACACUGAGGCAGGAGGGCUUCUCAGACCGGAUCGUCCUUUGCACACUGGAUCGACAUCUGCCCUAUGACCGGGCCAAACUCAGCAAGUCCCUGGAUGCACAAGCAGAACAGCUGGCCCUAAGGCCUAAGGAGUUCUUCCGGGCCUAUGGCAUCGAGAUGCUCACUGAAGCCCAGGUGGUCACAGUGGAUGUGAGGAACAAGAAGGCUGUGUUCAAGGAUGGCUUCAAGCUGGAGUACAGCAAGCUGUUGCUGGCACCAGGAAGCAGCCCUAAGACCCUGAACUGCAAAGGCAAAGACGUGGAGAAUGUGUUCACCAUCCGUACACCUGAGGAUGCCAAUCAUGUGCUACGGCUGGCCCGAGGCCGCAGUGCUGUUGUUGUGGGAGCAGGCUUUCUGGGGAUGGAGGUGGCUGCCUAUCUAACCGAGAAGGCCCACUCAGUGUCUGUGGUGGAGCUGGAGGAGACACCCUUCCGGAGGUUCCUGGGGGAACGUGUAGGGCGUGCCCUUAUGAAGAUGUUUGAAAACAACCGUGUGAAGUUCUAUAUGCAGACAGAGGUGCUGGAGCUGCGGGCUCAGGAGGGCAAGCUGCAGGAGGUGGUACUGAAGAGCAGCAAGGUUCUUCGGGCAGAUGUCUGUGUGGUUGGCAUUGGUGCCGUGCCUGCCACAGGCUUCCUGAGGCAGAGUGGCAUUGGCCUGGAUUCCCGAGGUUUCAUCCCAGUCAACAAGAUGAUGCAGACCAACAUCCCAGGCGUGUUUGCUGCUGGUGAUGCCGUCACCUUUCCUCUUGCCUGGAGGAACAAUCGGAAAGUGAACAUCCCACACUGGCAGAUGGCUCAUGCCCAGGGGCGGGUAGCAGCUCAGAAUAUGCUGGCACAGGAGGCAGAGAUCAACACAGUACCCUAUCUGUGGACUGCCAUGUUUGGCAAGAGCCUCCGAUAUGCGGGCUAUGGAGAAGGCUUCGAUGAUGUCAUCAUUCAGGGGGAUCUGGAGGAGCUGAAGUUUGUGGCUUUUUACACCAAAGGUGAUGAAGUAAUUGCUGUGGCCAGCAUGAACUAUGAUCCCAUCGUAUCCAAGGUGGCUGAGGUACUGGCCUCAGGUCGAGCCAUCCGGAAGCGAGAAGUGGAGCUGUUUAUGCUACACAGCAAGACCGGUGACAUGUCUUGGCUCACAGGGAGAGGAUCCUGAGCUCCCAUGUAGUGAACUUGGGCAGGCCUCUGGGCACCAAGGUCAGAGACCAAGUCCUGGGGCCAAGUGCCAACCUCCUAUUUCCCAGGAUACCCCAGGAAUCUGAGUCCUCCCAAGGCUUGCCUUCAACUGUCUGCCUCCUCUCCGGAGAAGCUCCCGCUCUCUCCAGAAGAUGGUUGUCUCAAGGCUCAGCUGUCAUUGACAGCUGGUUUUAGAGGCAGGGCAGGCUCUGCCUGUUCCCUCUCUUAGGACUGUCUUCGAAGCAUGAGCCUGUAACAUUACCUUAAAAUUAAAACACAUAUAUCUACAGAUUUGUGUCCCAGUGUAAUUGGGCCAGCACUCAAGGGAGAGCCAGGUAUGGUGUGACAUGCCUGUGAUAGCAGAGCUUGAAUCCAUACUGAGCUACAUGAGAUCUUGUUUUGAUUUUAAAAAACUUCAGAAGUCAGAGGUAGCUUUUGUAUUUGCCCCCUUAAGAAAGAUAGGAACUAGGCCC